CAGAAGAACGCAACGGACACAACGGACGCAGCAUCAAAGUGCCCGACGACGACGACGACGAGGAGCAGAAAUUGGAACGGUCGAUCGAGGGAGAAGACAGCAUGAGGCUCACGCUCGCCUGGCUCUGUGUCUGCUUUGCGAUUUAUUGCGGCGGUGGCUUCGCCAACAACGGUCAUGGCAAUGUGGUCUUAUCUUUGCCACCAUCGCUUAUCGCUGCCACGGAGGCGGUGGCCUUGAGACAGCUGCAGCAACAGCAACAACAGCAACAGCGGCACGAGAGACUCGUUGGAAAAAAGGAUGCACGCGUCCUGUUUGACAGCGUCGGUGGCAGCGGCGAUGCACUGCGCGAUAUGCUGCACAGUAAGGAGUCCACGACGUCGAGCAACAACAAUUUGCCCUACAACGACAACAAUGGCAUGGAAGUGGAGCAACAACAGUCGCAACAACAGCAACAGCAACCGCAGCAGACGGAUUUUAAUCGAAAAGCAUUGAGCGAGGCUUAUGAUUUAGAGGCACGACAGCAAUCAGCGCCGCAGGAAAUUGCAGCGCGACGUGGCCAUGGUCAUGGCCGCGCUGCUGCUGCAGUUGGUGUCCAGUAUGCCACGCCCACACCCACAUCCAACUCCAACUCCAACUCGAAUUCGAGGUCUGCAAUACACAAAUACUGGAGCAGACUUUGUCAGGCGGCAAACGGCAAUUGUCCGCGGGAAUACAAUCGAGCGAUGCUGGCGGUCAGAAAUAGAGAAGCUGUUGCACGUUUGCAGCGAGAACUGCAUGAAAUGCAGGAUCAAUUGGAUUCGGAUUAUGAAGAUGGCAACGACGAUUACGCGGACAUGGAUGAUUCCAGUGAAGAGCAUCACUUGAAGAACAGCAACAACGAAGUUUUUCUGCUGCUCACUGGCGAACAGGAUCUUGUGAAGUUCCUGCACUGGGCCAUGCAGUUGUUGUAUCCCCAUCAGCAUGGAGCAAAUGGUGGCAAAUUGGAUGCAAAUAGCGCAGACUUUUAUCACCCGGGCAUGUUCAUCUGGAAGAAGUUGAAUUUUUCUGGGCACUUGGAGCCGCCGCUGAUUGUGGACGAGCCGCGUUAUGUGCUGGUGCGGCGCGAGAAGCAGAAUCCAAAGGAGGGCUACCAACUGGGCGAUGAGCUGAAGGGACUCGACGAUCCGUUUAUACCGCCUCGCGGACGCAAACAACACAAUGCCCCGGAUCUGGAUGCGUUGCUCAAUCGCUAUGAGACUUUUGUACCGAAUCGCGGCAAGCGCGACAAAGUCAAAGAUCUCUUCAAGUAUGACGAUCUAUUUUUUCCGAAUCGUGGCAAAAAGCAUCGCGACAUUUUCAAGCUGGACGAUCCAUUCUUUCCGCAUCGUGGCAAAAAACUGCAACUGCGUGAUCUGUACAACGUUGACGAUCCAUUCUUUCCGAAUCGCGGCAAGCGACAUCUGCCGUCAGGCAAUAACAAAGUGGAUGACAUCGACAGCAACAACGAGAGAGACAGCGACAACAACGACAAAGGCGACAACUGGCCGCAAAGAAUGUCAACGCAUGAAAUUAAUAGUAACGAUCAAUCAGUCAAGUCAUCAAUGUCAGCAGAGGAUGCUGGAGCAGCAACAGCAGGAUUGCCAAUGCAAUGGCAACUUUCAAUGCCAAUGUCAUUGCCUGCUAAUAGAUUACACUCGACAAGAUCAAUGUCAGCCUCAACCUUAGCUACAUCACAUCCUCUGCAGCGUUUGAGGUUCAUUGUCAAUCCGAGCAUGCGCCAACAGCAACAACAGCAGCAGGUGAAAACAUCCUGGCCAGCUGGGAUCCAACUAACGCGUCUGCAGUCAGCUCUCCACGAUGCCCGCGAGACACAAUUAACGCGGGGGCCCAACACUGACGGGGACUCGAAUGGUGACAGCGACAGUGACAUUGACAUUGAUUAUGGCCAAUUGGACAUGUAAAUGCAGCAAUCGCCCAGGAGAUCGGCAAUUGGCGUUUAGUUUCGAUUCGGUUCGCUUCGUUUCGUAUCGGGCAACAGCAAUUCCUUCAGGCGCACUCUCAGGCGUGUCGUUUUCUCUACUUUUUUCAGUGCACACAAAAGGGUCAGCCCCCACACCACAACAAUGUAUACCAAAAAAAAGAAACUUAAAUAAAGCAUGCAAUUGAUUUUGAGAAA